UUUAUUCAUUCUCUGCUCAUUCCAUGACGAAAGUAGCCUGAUGGGAUGAUUCCUGAUUUGCGGAAAUGCCAGGAAUGGGUGGGAUUUUGUCCAUAAACAAUUACGGUAUGCACAAAGACCAACGUUUGUUCCACCGAAUCUUCAUUUCAGUGGGUUUUGGAUGAAACACCACACCUACCUUGUCCAGCUGGCAACUAGACUAGACAACUAGACCUUCAUUUACUGGCUACUACCAUAGACAUAGUAUACAUGUAUAUUAUGUCUAUGGCUACUACCAUAACCAAUGGGUGUGGUCGGCGCGGCAUUCCAAAGGUAAAUGCGCAGGCGCAUAGUGGAGAACACCAUAUUAACAACAUCCGAUUGUUUUUGUUCUUUUCAAGUCAAAGUCGGCUUUAAAUGUCAUGAGGAUCACGUUACUUUAGCAUUUGUCUAAAAACUGAUUGGGAUUAAAUACAUAUUUCGGAAUUCGUUGAAAGGCGUUCAGUCUCUGCUCAAGAUGUUCGAGGAGACUUUUAUAAACUUCACGAUAAAUUUCAACGCUUUAAAUCCGAAAGUUACAUUUUCGGGUGGCGAUGUCGUGUCAGGCCAAGUGUCAUUUGAGCUCAGUAAAGAAGCAAAGAUUCAGUCCAUAAUGAUGUCGCUGAAAGGCAAAGCUAACGUGUUAUGGCAUGAACAACGACAGGGUCCUACAUCAACGGGAAUGGGAAGAACAGGAAGAAGGAGAGCAGGAGGUGCACAAGGGAGAAGGAGAACAUACUCCGCCGAAUUAAAUUUCUUCAGCCUCUCCCACAUUGUGAUGCAAACUAACGAUGCAAACGGUCACACAACUGUACCUCCCGGGAAGCAUGUAUAUCCGUUUACAUUCCAGCUUCCACAUGGUGACUUCCCUUCGUCGUUUAAAGGAACGUAUGGGAAAAUUGUGUAUUCCAUGGUUGUGGCCAUAAACCGACCUUGGCACUUGGCUAAAGAAUUUGAUACAGAUAUCCAGUUUGCCAGCCGCACGGAUGCCAACCAUCCACAUCUUCGGGUGCCUCUUACAGGGGCCAACGCCAAGACUCUGUGCUGCCUGUGGUGCACCAGUGGACCCGUGUCCUUAAACGCACAGCUGGAGCGGAAGGGGUACAGCCCAGGAGAGACUGUGAAAAUUAUUGUGGAAAUCGGAAAUGCCUCCAGUCGCACAGUCACGCCUUACGCUAAACUAGUCAAGGAAGAGAUAUUUUACACUUCUGGAAGGCAAAAGAGAAAAUAUUUAUCGAGCGUUGUGCAAUGCAGAGACGGUCAAAGCAUUGGUCCCCACACUACAGAUGUCCACAGUGAGCUCAUGUGCCCCAUUCCUGAGAAUGCUACCUUAACCAUCGCUAACUGCCAAAUCAUCGAUGUUCAGUACUAUGUGAUGGUGGCUCUGAAGAUUUCCCGCAGUACAGACCUGGAGAUCAAAUUCCCUAUUUCACUGUGCAGUAUUCCUUUUGAUGCAAAUAGGCCAGCCACAGCAGUCCCACUGCAGAACCAGAACCCACGCCCCUACCCAGGUCCGUACCCGAAUCAACAGCCAGGUCCAUAUCCGAAUCAACAACCAGGUCCAUAUCCGAAUCAACAACCAGGUCCGUACCCGAAUCAACAACCAGGUCCGUACCCGAAUCAACAACCAGGUCCGUACCCAAAUCAACAACCAGGUCAAUACCCGAAUCAACAACCAGGUCCGUACCCAAAUCAACAACCAGGUCCGUACCCAAAUCAACAACCAGGUCCGUACCCAAAUCAACAGCCAGGUCCGUACCCAAAUCAACAACCAGGUCCGUACCCAAAUCAACAACCAGGUCCAUACCCGAAUCAACAACCAGGUCCGUACCCAAAUCAACAACCAGGUCCAUACCCGAAUCAACAACCAGGUCCGUACCCGAAUCAACAACCAGGUCCGUACACAAACCAAUAUGUCGCCCCAUACCCUGCCCAGAAUCCAGGUCAGUACCCAUAUCAGCCACAGGGCACGGAUCCUAAUCAGUACCCAGCCCCUCACCACAACUAGAACCCCCUCAGUUCGAGGCUCCUCCACCUAAGUAAAUGUUCGGUCUGCUGACAGUAAGGCUACUGUCUUCUAAAUGGUUUCAGUCAAGGAGGAAGUAGACAAACAUUUUACAGAGUAGAAGAGGUCAUGUUAUAUUAGUUGACACCAGGUAGCUGAG